ACUACUCUACGGAUGCCCGCAGGGAGAGCGCGCUGUUCGGGUUAAACUGGAACUUCACGUCCCAGAAACCAAAGUCCAGGGUUCGAGUUACGGUCUGAUCGAGUCCCAUCAUCCACCCAGGUUUAAAGCAGAGCCCGUGGGAGCUGGCCAUGGAGGACAGGGCAUUCCUCUGAGAGAUACUGGGACACCCAAGGGGGCUCUGAUCUCCCCGGAUGUUUACAACGAUGGGCAGAAACGGAUUGAAUAAGGAAAGCUUUAUCCUGUCAGUGGACGUCGGGACAACGUCAAUCAGAUGUCACGUGUACGAUAAGGAGGCGAGAGUAAGAGGAUCAUGCACCAGCAAGGUUGUCCCGUUGUAUCCUGCGGUGGGGCAUGUGGAGAUGGACCCAGAUGCAUUGUGGAGAGGCUUUAUCACCGUGGUCAAAGGAGCAGUGCAAGAUGCAGGAGUUCAAAUGUGCCAAAUGGAGGCCCUUGGCAUCUCCACCCAGAGAGCAACCUUUACGACCUGGGACAGGAAAACUGGUGUUCCUUUUCACAACUUCAUCAGCUGGCAGGAUCAAAGAGCUGCAGACCUGGUGAAGUCUUGGAACAGAUCCUGCACCAUGAAGAUAAUCCACGGCGUGAUGAAGGUGGCCUAUUUCCUGACGCGGCACAAACGGUCCCUAGCAGCAAGCCUCAUUGUCUUUUCCACUCAGCACGUCACCUUUCGCCUCGUGUGGGUGUUGGCACACUGCAAGCAGGUUCGUCAGGCGAUCGAAGAAGGCAACUGCUGCUUUGGGACAAUAGACACCUGGCUUCUGUUCAAGCUCACAAAAGGACGUGUUCAUGCCACAGACUACUCUAAUGCCAGUUCAACAGGGAUUUUUGACUCCUAUCAGAUGUGUUGGAGUGGGUUUCUCUGUUCUCUUGUCUCUCUGCCCCUCUCAAUUUUCCCCCACGUAGAAAAUACAGGCCAUAACUUUGGCUCCACAGAUCCGUCCAUCCUCGGAGUGUCCAUUCCCAUUAUGUCAGUGAUGGCGGACCAGCAGGCAGCCAUGUUUGGAGAGUGCUGCUUUGAUGUGGGCGAUGUGAAAAUCACAAUGGGAACAGGCACCUUCAUGGACAUCAACACUGGGAGCAAACCACACACAUCUGUAGCAGGUCUGUAUCCGCUGGUGGGAUGGAAGAUCGGCUCUGACGUGGUGUACCUGGCGGAGGGCAAUGCAGCAGACACAGGCACCGCCAUCAAAUGGGCCCAAGAGCUCGAGCUUUUCUCCGACGUGGGAGAGACCAGCGACAUGGCUUACAGCGUCAGCGACUCGGAUGGCGUGUGCUUCGUCCCUUCCUUCAGUGGCCUGCAGGCUCCCCUGAAUGACCCCAGAGCGUGUGCUUCCCUCAUGGGCCUCAAGCCUUCUACGACCAAAAGCCAUCUGGUCCGAGCCAUCCUGGAGUCUGUCGCCUUCAGAAACAAGCAGCUGUAUGAGACGAUGCUUAGAGAGACCCACAUCCCCAUCACAAAGAUCAGGGUGGAUGGCGGCGUUUCCUCCAACGACUUCGUCCUGCAGCUGACCGCAGACCUGUUCGGCAGAAAGGUAGUCAGACCCCAACACCGGGAGAUGUCCUCUCUGGGGGCCGCUUUUGUAGCCGGACUUGGAGUGGGCUUCUGGUCGACCCGUGAAGAGCUGAAAAAGCUGCAGAGCGCUGAUAAGGUGUUCCUCCCUAAAGAUGUUGCCAGGGGGGGUUCUGCCAGUCCAAGUCAGGAAUACAUCCCCGUCCUCCAGAGCUGGGAGAGAGCCCUGAGGCGCUCCAUGAACUGGUACAAGCCCUGACAGCGGACGCACGCGCAGCAAGGUUCUGGGCCAGAGCGAACAGAAGCGACAACUGAGCUGCUGAGUGCGUGCGAAACACAGAAUUAACCAUCAGCUGUGCCUUCAGAUGAGUCGUGGUCCGUAUUUAAAGAAGCAUUACUUAAAGCAUCUGGUGAUGCAGACUCGGUGGGCAGUGUAAAAUGGACCAAUUGUUACUUGAACAUGACAGCAAUGGUUUGAGCUUUACAGCUAAGUCAGGACUGAUCUGAGGCCCUGUUCAGACCGAGCAGCAACAGCCGCCCUGGGAGAUCAGCUCAUGCUUGGACAGAGCCGAGUUCAGGCAUGACUGCACCAACAGAGCGGAUAAGGGACUCUGCAGAGACGCACCGAUCAGAGAUUUAUGGCUAGCUACUGACCCCCAAUUUUUUUGUCUUGAGCUUUAAAUUGCCAAAAGCAACCUUAUCAAGUUCCAAUUUCUCCUUGAGAACUAAAAUGAAAGAGGAUACAAGAAUAGCACUUAUCUUUUCAUCAUUAGCAGUCAAAUAUUGUGCAUUAUUAGCAGAGAUGACGCCACACUCUUUGAGAGAUCCUGUUAAAUAGGGAUUUAGUUAUUUGAAACAAAGACAAAAUGAUUUAAAGCUAAAAUGUUAAAUAAUCUUUAGCAUCUAAUAUUAGCAGUUAGCUUGGUUAGCUUUAAAAGCUUUAAAUGUGAGUGGGAGCACACAGGGGCUGGUCUUUUUGUCUCUUGGCAUCUUUUUUCAGACUGAAAUGUUGUCUGCCUUGCAGAUUUAAAGUCACUUUCUAUAAUCUACUCAGAAGUCUAAUGCAAGGAAAUGUGAUUAUAUGGCUUGAAUAAAUACAAACUACCAGCUGCAGGUCACUCAGAGCUAUUUUGGUUCAUCAACGAUUAUAAUCUGUCAUAAGUAGUAAUAGCCAACAGGCCCAAACACACAAGAACCAAAAUGCAUGGAAAUAGGCUGGACUAAGUCUUCAAAAUACACAUAAUACACAAGUAAGUUUAUCUAUUUAAUGUCAAAUCUGUUUAUUUAGCCCAUUUAAAAACCAACAUCAGUUGACCAAAGUCCUUUACAUAGUAAAAGAUGUGCAGCUAAAAUCAGCAAAAUAAUCAAAAAUAGUAGCAUAACCAACACUCAGAGGUCCUUCUUAGCUAGACUUAAAUCCAGUUAAAAAGAAAUAUGUUUUAAGCAGAGACUUAAAUUGAUCAGCUAUGCCUCAUAUCUGAGAUUUAACAUUUUUCUCAUCAUUUCUAUUAUUUAUAGCAUUGUAAACAUUCUGAGAAAAAACAAUGUGGCACGCAAUCAUUUAAUUACUUGGGUAUAAAAUGGGGGGAUGAUGUGGAAAAAUAGCCUUAGACACAGGUAAACACAGGAGAAUCAUUUUGGGCAAACUUGAAUGAUUAUUAAGUUAUCAACACACACAAACACACACACGUGUGUGUAUUGUUGUUUUGGUGACAUGCAUGUAAAUGAGAUCAUGUAAAUGCUUUUUAAACUUAAAAGGUCCAUUCAAAUGUGACUUGGACAAAUGUGUUCAUGAUCAGGUUAUAGUUCAGGUGCAUUUAUUAGUGAUUUCAUAGAAACAUUUACCGACCUGCUGCUGCUCUGUUUUAUUUUAUACAUUUUUUAUUUUUGCACUACAGCGUAGUAGUAGUGUAAUGAGAAUCAAAGCGAUCCAGGCUAAGCUGAGCCUAUCUGAAACAGAAAUUGCACGUCAACAUGUAUUUCAUCAAGCCUUUGUCCGUGAGUCUUUCACGUGGCAUCGCAGCAUCCUAACAGAAUAUAAUGCAGUCUUUGACGAGGCCGCUCCUUGACUUUUUUCGAUCCAGGGAUGGAUUUGCUGGUGUGUAACAGCUAGUGCAUCAAAUGUGGACCAUCAUAACCAAGUGUGCUUGAGCUUGAGGUCACAGACUGACAGCUGUGCAUUCGGUCUUUCUUAGGGAUUUUCUGGUGGAGAGCAGAAUUCAUGGAAAGUUGGCUUUUGUAUUUUCUCGGGUUAUCUUUGUCUGAAAUUAAUAAUGAUUUGGUCUGAAAGCCUGAAGUGGGACCAAAAAACAAACAGAAGAAAUCUGUAAAGGGUUAAAUAGUGAUUCAACUGUAAUUUCAUCUUUAAUUUGAUAGAAAGCAGCUAACUGAGAUCUGAUCAUUUUAAGGCGGGUUUGGGUGGGAUCAACCAUGCUUAGAGCUCUCCACAUGUAUCUGCAGAGGCCAGGCGCAUGUUAAUGCCAAGUCUGAACUGGGCCUAAAGUGUCCACAGCCAUAAAGGACCAUCGACAUGAAGACUUUCUGCCUCACAUCAGUGCCGUUUACUUAGAAGUGAACCUCAUUCGUUCUAAUUUGAUGUCUCUUUGUCUCAUUUAUGAAAUAUUAAACAUGCUAUGGUGCUAAUGACUGACUUAUCAGCUUUUAAUUCAUGAGCGCUCCAUAGCAACUACUGAAUGCCAAAUGUUAAUCUUAGGCUCCAAGCCAAAAUCCAUUUAGAUUCGAGCGUAAUCUUCAUUUGAGUUAAGUUUGGAUACAAAGAAAUAGUCUUUAAAUAGUCAUUCCAAGAAGACGUGGACCUGGGGAAAAAAAAUACUUAAUUAAUUUGGGAAAUUUGAAGCAACUUCAUUUUAAAUCCCUUCUAUGUUUGUUGAUAAGAAUGAAAUAAUUGUGUCAAAGUGACUGUUCCUCAGAACAUGUAAGCACUACUGUAAUCAGUAUUUAAAUGCAUUUGUAAUGGCUGAUUGCAUUGUUACAGGAACCUCACUGAAAUGCACAUGUUGAAUUUUAAUGAUGUUUUGUAAUUGUAUUAUGAAAUGAGGGGAUCAGGAUAUAAACUGGACAAGAGAGAAACAUUCCAAUAUU